AUGGCCAACUCCUCCUCUGUUGCUAAAAGAAUACUUUCACAAGAUGAGCGGAAGAUGUACGCCGCGGAGACGCAACACAAUUUUCGAUGGAUAUCCCAGCUGGUCGCAACAUAUUCCCCUCACACAUUAAACAGUGCAGACCGAUUGCCCCCAGAACUGGAAUUAUGGAUCGCUGAAAUAGGUCAAUUCGCCGAAGUGGCAUACUGUCCAUUCAUGGAUGCUCUCUUUGAGCACCGAGAAGAACUAGGCAGAAUUGCGUUUCCGCUGGAACACUACCACAUGAUUCGCGGGGUCGAGCUUGUAGCUUCCUUCAAAGGCGCCGUUGCAAACCUCCCUGUAUCCGUCGUCCACUGCCCCAAGCGCUGUAGACUGAUUGUUGGGAUUUCUGGGACGUCCAGAAUCAGUCACGCGAUACAAGACCUACGCGUUUUAAAAACACGUCACCCUACAGGCCGGGGAUAUGUGCACACCGGUUUCUGGAACCUAUACCAGGGAAUUAGGGCCGAAGCCAUCUUGGCCAUAAAGAACGGUCUUCGCAGCCAUCCAGAAAAUGGGGAGUUGGUAUUGACAGGACACAGCAUGGGUGGAAGCAUCGCAUAUCUACUCCUCCUGGACCUGCUGACCGAUGAUAAAAGCCCACUUCAAAGGGGCUUACGUUUCAAAAUUGUUGUUUUUGGAGUCCCAAGAGCCGGCGAUGUCGGUCUGGUCCAAUAUCUUCGCGAAUUGAUGGCUUCCUACCGACGGCAGAAUGGGGAAGAGUCCAUGAAAGAAUAUUCAAUUAGGGGUUAUAAUGACGGCGUACCCGCAUUGCCCUUGUUGAGUUUCGGUUACCGUCACUUCGCUGAACAACCCAUAUAUACCAUAGAUGGACGACUAUACCGCAUCCCGUCGUCGGAAUCUGAACACACCCUAUUCCACGUUGUUGAAGAUGGUGACGAGUUGGAUGUACCAAUAUUCCCGCGCGGUGGACACAAUUACUAUAACCGGCGUGAGUUGGAGGUCUUUGUGACUAAACUGACAUGGAUUCAGAAAGCAGAGUUUCCGAAAGCAGGAUGGGAAGAGAGGUAUAUGACACUUUACGCCAAACAUUCUCACCACGCCCUACCAGAUAAUUGGCGCAGCCGACAGUCCAUUCCAGAUGAACAUAACGUGUCCUGA